UUAACUCCCUUGUUUGACAACUCGAUCGUGAUUGCGGUAAUAACAUUUGACAAUGUUUUACACGUAAAUGACUCACUUCAGUACAGAGGGACUUAUUUUCUAAGCAACAUUUUCUAUAUGCUAAGCGUACGGGACACAAACUGAUUGAAUCAUAUUUGCUGACACGGUAAACUUAGGAAUCCACACCCCCAUUUUUUUCUCGUAAUUACACCGAUGCUGUUUCCAUCUGGUUUGUUGACAGUGAUGCGAUAUAUUUAACCCGAUACAAUCAUCUUAAUUAUACAAGUCCAGUAUGAUGUCAGGCCACCCCAACCCGACAAUGGCCAAGAAAUUACUUGACAGUCUGCAGACCGACUUGAGGACACUAUCAUCGGAGAGCCGGAGGAAACACCCUAACGUCAAAGAGGCUUCAGAACAGGUCCAGCUAAGAUUGAGAACAAUUAGUUCCAAGAAUGAAGACAUUAUUUCAGGUUUGGUGCCAGCCAGUGCAGAAAUUGUACACCCUUUUGUUCUUGGAUGUGAAACAAAAAACUCCAAAAUAAUUCAGUUAUGUCUGAUGACGGUACAGAGACUGAUCUCACAUGAGGCCUUGUCUAUGACCGCAGCUAACAGUGUGAUACAGAUGUUAUGGCAGCUGAUGGAAGCUGGUACAGAGGAGCUCAAACUUCUCCAGACGGCCAUACUUCUUAUCACUACAAACUCUGUAGUACAGCACGAGUCACUUGCUAAAGCAUUGGUGCUGUGCUUCAGACUUCACUUCACUAAGGAUAGCACGACUAUCAACACUGCAGCAGCCAUCAUUAAACAGCUUGUUAGUAAUGUGUUUGAACGAGUCGCUGUGGAGGAUAGAGUCCAGUCACAGGAACAAAGAUCCCCUUUGAACACGGAGGAGCUGAAGGUAGGAAGCAGGAAUGCUCCCAAGUCUCUGAGGCCCUGUGCUGGUGACGCCUACCUGUUAUUCCAGGACUUGUGUCAGCUGGUAAAUGCGGACCAGCCAUUCUGGUUGGUUGGAAUGACCGAGAUGACCCGGACUUUUGGACUAGAACUAUUGGAGGCUGUCCUGACAUCCUUCCCCACGAUUUUCCUCCAGCAUCAAGAGUUUAGUUUCUUGUUGAAGGAGCGAGUGUGUCCCCUCGUCAUUAAACUAUUCUCUCCGAGUCUUAAGUACAGACAAGGGUUACCUGCCCCUCCUUCCCCAGUCCCUGCAGAGAAACCAUACUUCCCUAUUGUGAUGAGGCUACUGAGGAUUGUGUCAGCCCUGAUAAAACAUUUCUACAAAUUAUUGAUGACAGAGUGUGAGAUUUUCCUGUCGCUUCUUGUCAAGUUUUUGGAGCCUGAAAAACCGAUGUGGCAGCGAUGUCUGUCUCUUGAGGUCCUUCACAAACUCAGCAUGCAGCCAGACUUAGUCAAAUCUUUCUGCCAGAGUUAUGAUAUGAAACAACACUCUACGAAGAUAUUCCGUGACAUGGUCAAUGGCCUGGGAGCAUUUAUUCAGUCUCAGUUUAUGAAUCCAACAAUCAGUCAAGCAGCCCAGACAGGAAUAAAGGCCCCAGACACCCAGGGUACUCCUCCAGCCAUGGUAGGGGGCCUCCCUGUGGGUGGAGGUGUGACCCCUCAGCCUGCCUUUAUGUAUCGAGGAACAUGGAUACCCCUGGUGAUUGUUAGUGGUCAAGCAAGGUCCCUCUACCUAGAGAUGCUCGAUAAAGUGGAGCCGCCUAGCAUUGUGGAUGGUUACGGACUGUCGCUAGCCUUCCAUUGUCUCGUGGAGGUAGUCACUAGUGUCCAGCACCUGUUACAGGGAGAGGUUAAGGAGGACCAGAAGAUUGACGAGCAAAACACCAGUGGUCAACGAGUACUAUCAGAUGAAGAACGAGGCUUACAUGAGGAGCUGAUCAACUCGUCAUGGUGUGGUAUGCUGGCAGCAAUGUCUCUCCUCCUGGAUGCUAGUACUGACGAGAGUGCUACCCAGGCAAUCCUGAAAUCACUACAAACAUUUGCCAACUUGUGUGGUGUUCUACAGAUGAACGUACCUAGGGAUGCCUUCAUCACUGCUUUGUGUAAAGCAUCCUUACCUCCACACUAUACAUUGACCAUCCUCAACAGCCAAUCUAAUGCCCAAGCUGCUCAGCGAGGUCACUACAGAACGUCCAGUCAGGAUCUCCCUGCCCUAGGGCUAGAGGCUGUAGAGAGGAGUCAAGUGGUUGCUGUGGGUACACCCCUCCCUACUGCCUCCCUCCCUGCGGGGGCACACACAGGUCCAGUCAUGUUAACAGCAAAGAACAUUCAAUGUAUGCGGGCAUUACUAUCAGUGGCUCACUGUCAUGGGGGCAUUCUUGGGACAGCAUGGCACCUGGUGUUAACGACAUUACAGCACCUAGUGUGGAUACUAGGCCUGAAGCCAUCCUCUGGAGGGAGUCUUAAGGUCACUCAGCAGAUAUCCGAGGGAUCUAACGCUGUCAUAACAACCGCUGUCAUGGCUGACCUACCAGUACUCUCUGCCAUGUUGUCACGUCUGUUUGAAAGUUCCCAGUACCUGGAUGAUGUAGCCCUCCACCACCUUAUCGAUGCCCUGUGCAAACUGUCAGCCGAAGCCAUGGAGCUUGCCUACUCCAACAGGGAGCCAUCUUUGUUUGCCGUGGCUAAGUUACUGGAGACAGGCUUGGUCAAUCUGGCCCGUGUGGAGGUCCUUUGGCGACCAGUUACUGCUCACUUACUUGAGGUAUGUCAGCAUCCUCAUCAAGGUAUGCGGUGCUGGGGUGCAGAAGCAGUUACCUCCCUUGUCAGAGCAGCUCUGGAGCAUGGAUACGAUCCGCCUCUUCAGUCAAAUCUGAAACUACAGAUGUCCAUCCUAGCCCCGCUUCAGGAGUUGUCCAACAUACUACAGGCAGACAUCAGACAGAGGCAGCUGGAGUGUGUUCUACAGAUCUUACACAACAACGGGGACACGCUUCUCCAUGGCUGGCCCCUAAUGUUAGGGGUCAUUGGGGCAGUCAACAACAACCAGGGUGAGAAGCUCAUACAGACAGCCUUUCAGAGCCUACAGCUGGUUGUUACUGAUUUCCUUCCCAUCAUUCCAUGUAUGUACCUUCAAGUCUGUGUGGAAGUUGCUGCCAAAUUUGGGCUGCAGAAUCAAGAACUUAACAUAAGUCUAACGGCCAUAGGUUUACUGUGGAAUGUUGCGGACUUUUUCUACCAGAACCGCCAACGGAUUCACACUGACCUGGACAAGGACAUGACUGAUACGGAGAAGAAGAGGCUGGGCAUGCCUGCAUUCGAUGCAUUGUGGAUGUGUCUGUUUAUGAAGUUAGGUCAGCUUUGUGUGGACGAGCGACCUGCAGUGAGGAAAAGUGCAGGACAGACCCUCUUCUCCACAAUAUCUGCCCAUGGAGGUCUGCUUCACAAGGAAACUUGGAAACGUGUUCUCUGGCAGGUGUUGUUCCCGUUACUGGAGAAGGUCCAGAAACUGUCCAGCACCGCAUCCAGUGUGAAAGAUGAGGCUGCCACCGGUAACAUCCUGAUCCAUCACUCUCGUGACACCGCUGAGAAACAGUGGGCGGAAACCAGAGUCCUCACAUUGGCUGGGGUGGCCAGGACUUUCAACUCCAAACGCAAAACCCUCCAAACUAUAGCUGGAGAUUUUCCAAGAGCCUGGUCUCUACUGUUGGAAUAUAUAGAGUUCUCUGCUCUUUGUCUCAAUGCUGAAGUGUCUCUGGCAGCACUGAAAAGUUUCCAGGAAAUUCUUCAGAUAAAUCGGGACCCUAGAGACAAGGGGGAUGGAUCCAUAGUGGAUGGUCUACCUAGCAUGGCCCCUCCAAUGGAGGAGAUUAUAAAUAGAUCUGAACAAACAAAAGUCCAGGAAGGUGAAGGUCACGUGUCACAAGACAUGGACUAUGACCCAUCACUUUGGACAACAGCCUGGAAAGUAUGGCUUAAUAUAGGAACAAAUGCAACGAAACCACCAGAAACAACACACCGACCUGAGAAGGUAUAUGUGCCAUCACAACCGUUUCUCACAGCCUUGAUUCAGACAUUUCCAUCUCUAUUUGAACACAUCAAAGUACGUUUUGUGGGUGCUGACUUACAAAAACUGUGUACUGUGUUACGGAGAGCGCUGACAGUUCCUGUACACGGUGAUGCCUCGCCCUUCAUCAUUCCAUCCUAUCCUGAUGUGACCAUUACUCCCCUACAGGAGGCCACCCUACAGUCCAUGGAGGCCCUUAUACAGGCUAUCCACAGUGGCCCAGAAUCUAUGCAGUCUAUGUACCCUGAAAUCUUUCACCAACUCCUGACCUUCAUAGAGUAUGGGGUCAGAGUGCCCAAAUAUGGUCAACUGGAUGCCAAGGCCUUUGGUUCCGUCAAAGGGCCACAGGUUGAUUGGGUGACCAUGAACUUUGUGCCAUUUGCAGAGAAAUCUGUAGUACUAACCGUAGAUCUGUACCGGUCAACAGCCAAACAUCCUGCUGUGGUGGACACACAAAUAUUACAGAACAUCAUCAAGACGUUCCGGUUACCACUGGGUUACAAGUAUAAUUGCCCCUCCCCCACCACAUGGACACUGGUCAUCCACUCUCUCCUCACUAUCCUCAACGUAGGACUGUCUGUAGCCAGGAAACAUGAAGCAGCCUUCCAAUCCAUGUGGCCAGAACUAGCUCAUACUUUAGAGGAAUUUCUCUUCUCCAAGAGUACUUCCCCACCCACUAUGUCUGUUGAAGACUUCCAGAAGGAUGAGGCCAUUGACUGUAAGGUGAUUCAGAUGAUCCGAGAUGAUAUCCUGCCCUAUGCUGGUACCAUGCCUAAAGACUUUGUCAAAAGAAUCAUGAAGCUGCUGAACCGUGGCUCAAUACAUGCUACUACAUCAGACAACUUCAUCGAUACAGACUCAAGUCGGAAGCUACGUGAGGAGUUUGCCAAGACCUGUUUUGAAACAUUAUUGCAGUUCUCAUUCAUCAGCCAGACUAAAUCAGAGGAGGGAACCAUCACCAAACUGGCUGUAUUGUCUCUCCUACAGCGCUGUCAGGACGUCGUCAAGAAAUAUGUUGAAGAUGAGAGACUCAGUGGCAAAUGUCCUCUCCCCAGACCCAGAUUGGCUGAAAUGGCAUCAGUUUUGAAGGCCAUCACAACACUGUUAGUGUCACUGAAAAAAGCUCCUCCUGCAAAUGUGGAGCUGAGUGUUUGGAAGCAAGUUAUACAGCUGUAUCCGUACCUAGUAGACUGUACCACCUCCUCCUCACCCAAUGUCUGCCGUGCCCUCAAGGAUGCUCUCCACCAGUACCGUGCCCUCUUGGUCCCACCAAUGUCCACCGCCCUCAACGGUACAUCAUAGGAGAUAACUACAAUGUCACUACUUAGGACACGUGAAAUCUGGACAGAACGCAAAGUCACCUAUACAGAAAUGUCGUCCUUGAGACAGGAGUCAAGGUCAUCCACAGUGGAUUUUUUCAUUGGAAUAGAAGUCAACUUUACCUAAAAUGACUUGCCCUUAUUACAUGGAGAUUCUACAGAUCAAAUUUUAACUACAUUGUACAUGGAACCACCAAGUGAGAAUUUGUGUUGUGUAAUAACAUUAUCCUAUACUGUGAUCACUGAUCAAGGUCAGAUGUCACUAACUAAUCUUUUGUACAUGUUAUGAUACAAAGUCAAUGUUUUUAUUGACUGUUCACUGGAUAAACCCCUGUGUCAUUAAAAAGUAUAUUUA